UGACCACACUCACCGCCAUAGUUGUUUACAUCGCAAGUUGUCUGCAUUCAGAGAAGUUCACUCGAAGCAAGAACUAGCAGAACAUCAACCAUGCCACCCAAGGCAGCAAAGGCAAAACAGAGCGUAGCAGGUAUGGGCGACUUGUCACGGAGGAGAGCUACACGUAUACGGGAGGGUGAUGACAUGACAGAUAUGGGCGAUGGUACUGAUGCUGAUGAGUGGACUCAGCAGCGGACCCUGGUGAAGCCAGAAGACCAGCUGGAUCUGUCAGAAGUUGAACUGAAAGAAGAGUUCACCAGGAUCCUGACAGCCAACAACCCUCAUGCACCACAGAAUAUAGUGCGCUAUAGCUUCAAGGAGAAACAGUACAAGCAGACGUCCAGUGUUGACCAGCUGGCUGUCCACUUUGCUCUGGAUGGAAACAUGCUACACAGAGAUUCGGAUGAAGCCAGACGACAGCGGGACCGUAUGGGCAUCCCAGAGGCAGCAAUAGAAGAUGACGUACAACAGGCAGCAGCUCAGCGUGCAGGGGCUGUAUCAGCUGCCAGUGAACAGGCUGUCAGCGAGGGAGGGGAUGCUGCCCAGGCUGCAGAGGGGGAGGGAGAGGAUGAUCACAAGGCUAAGGAUGAAGGUGCAGAGGAGGCAGCGACAUCUGGUGGAGAUAAGAAGCUGACCAAUCAGUUUAACUACAGUGAGCGUGCUUCCCAAACCUACAACAACCCAUACAGGGAACGAGGAACAGCAACUGAGCCCCCACCGCGUGUCACCUUCUCCUCCAACGUGACACAGUGGGAGAUAUAUGAUGCCUACCAGGAGGACUUUGAGAAACAGGAGAAGAACAAAGAGAAGAAGGUUGUGCCUGGGAGAAAGGAGGAGGAGAAGACAAGAAAGAAACUUACCAUUACAGAAACCCAGAGUGAUGACAUUUCACGGGUGGCACGUGCUGCAAAGAUUGUAGAGAGAAUGGUCAACCAGAAUACCUACGAUGACAUAGCUCAAGAUUUCAAAUACUUCGAUGACACGUCAGAUGAGUACCGAGAACAGGAGGGUACUCUGCUCCCACUGUGGAAGUUCUCUCAUGAGAAAGCCAAAAAGCUGGCCGUCACAUCUGUCUGCUGGAACCCCAAGUACAAGGACUUGUUUGCUGCUUCCUAUGGAUCAUAUGACUUCAUGAAGCAGGGCAAUGGCAUGAUCCUGUUUUCUUCCCUGAAGAACCCAUCAUACCCUGAGACUGUGUUUGAGACAGACAGUGGGGUGAUGUGUCUCGAUGUACACCCAGAACACCCCUACCAGGUGGCUGCUGGAUUCUAUGAUGGUAGCGUGGCGGUCUUCAAUGUAGUAGAGAAAAAAGAUGGCCCAGUACAUAGAUGCACAGCAAAGAAUGGCAAACACACAGACCCAGUGUGGCAGGUGCGCUGGCAGAAGGAUGACACUGACAACAACAUGAACUUCUACUCCAUAUCAUCAGACGGAAGAAUUGUACACUGGACUAUAGUGAAGAAUGAGAUGGUGUAUCAAGAUGUCAUCACUCUCACCCUCCCAGAGGACCCUGCAGAGGGGCCAGAUGGUAUCAAGGUGCCCACUGUGGGUUGUGGCACAGCAUUUGACUUCCACAAGCAGAAGAACUACCUGUUCCUAGUGGGCACAGAGGAGGGCAAGGUCCAUGUGUGUUCCAAAGCCUACACCAGCCACUUCAUCGACUCCAUCGAUGCCCACAACAUGGCUGUGUACAAGGUGUCAUGGAACCACUACCACCCAAAGAUCUACGUCACAUGUAGUGCCGACUGGAAUGUGAAGAUCUGGGAGAUGGGUGGCAAGGUAGACAAGAACGCUGAUGGUUCCGAAGUCGCUUCUAGGAAACCAUUGUUCUCCUUCGAUCUGAACAACUCUGUCGGUGAUGUUGCAUGGGCACCGUACUCCUCAACGGUGUUUGCUGCUGUCACAGCUGAUGGGAAGGUGUAUGUGUAUGAUCUGAAUGUAAACAAGUACGAGCCACUGUGUGAGCAGAUGGUUGCCCAGAAGAAGAAGACGAAGCUGACACAUAUAGAAUUCAACCCAGUGUAUCCUAUCUUAAUUGUUGGAGAUGACAGGGGAAAUGUCACGAGUCUAAAAUUGUCACCAAACUUGAAGAAGAUGCCAAAGGAGAAGAAGGGGGCUCCCCCAAUGGAUGCUGCUCAGAGGACACAAUUUGAAAUCGCAAAGCUGGAUAAGAUAUUAUCUAUGGUGCGAGAACCUACUGAACCCAGUGUCACAAAUUAAACAAUAACCAGUGACUGUCAGGAGGAGAUCAGUAUUACAUACAUGGAUAAACCAUUAUGAUACAGGGCCUGUCUGGAAGUGCUCAUCUACCAUCAGGACGCCUGUGAGGAUUACAGAGUACUGGACUUCCUAUUACUUCCCCGAACGGAAUCAUUCAGUGUGCAUGGUUUAAGAAAUGUUAUUUAUUUAACGUAAAAGCUACAAAGAUUCAUACAUUUAAGGAAAUAACAUUUUAAAUAUCUUAAAGAUGUUUAAAUUAAUUGGUUCAAGUAUCUAUUAUAAGAAAAAAUGUUAUUGAAGUGUAUAUAUGUGAACUCGUAACAACUUAAUCCCACAGUUUGAAUGAUAGUUCAGUUUAUAUAAAAGCAGCUAUUGGGUCAGAAGAUUGGAUCUUUGUCAGAGAGACCACAACUUGUAUGUCCGUCCAUAUCUAUGUCCUUAUUUCUAUGGUGCUGGAUUGACCAGCAUUCGCCAUUUGUUAACGUAUCACUGCUGAUGACUGUAUUUCAAGCGUAUAUCUAACUGUGAUAUGGUCAUGUUUUCAACUUUGUUUGAAUUAUACAUAUGUAUUGUAUUUUAUUUAAAAUUGAGUUUAAACUUGUUAAGACAAAUGCUGAAUAAAUAAUUAAUAAUAA